AUGCCAGAUCCCGAGUUGCAACGUUGGUUUACUAAAGCUGUUGAAUCAUAUAGAGUGCAUGCAGCUCCAAAAACGUCUCCACGAGAGAAAGCUGUUGCAGAUAAGGAAGAUGAAAAAUCAGUGAACGUGAUUGGAGAAGGUUACAAGUUACCGUUUAGGCACAUUCCAAAACCAAAUAUUUUAACUAAUAAUAAGUCUGCACAUAGUCAUAAAGACUUUGUAAAUGGAGCCAUUUCAGAACUGCCUCAAUCGGGUCGAAUUGUGCAAAUCACAAUUAGACUUCAUGUUGUUAAUCCUUUGUCUGUUUCGGUACAAGCCAAUGGUAAAAAAAGGUUAAUUCUUGAUUUGAGGUACGUCAGUAUGAGUCUCCAAAAAUGUCGAGUAAAGUAUGAUGACUGGAAUUAAAGUAGCUAUGGCAUAUUUUGAACAAGAUGCUUAUAUUUUUCGUUAGAUUUGGAAAGCGGUUACCACCAUGUAGAAAUUUUUGAAGGUCACCAAACGUACUUGGGUUUUGCAUGGAAGUGCCCGGUUUCGUUGCAUGAAACAUUUUAUGUUUUUACUGUUCUCCCGUUUGGUUUAUCAACUGCGCCCUAUAUAUUCACGAACCUUCUCAGAUCUCUAGAAAAUUAUUGGCGCUAUUUGAAUAUUAAUAUAGCAAUCUUUCUGGACGAUGGGUGGUCACUUGCUAAAGACCUACAAUUAUGUCGUACUAAUCCCAACACAGUAAAGCAAGAUUUACUUAGUGCCGGCUUUAUACCUAACGAUGAUAAAGCUAUCUGGGAACCCACCCAAAUGCUCGAUUGGUUGGGUUUCACUAUUGUGAGCAGACGCAUUGAGAAAAUAGGUCAUGGCCAUGGGACAAUGGGAUUUAGUCAAAAUUUGGGCUGGGAAAUGGGAAUACGACCCUCCCUUCAGGACCUUCAUACAAUUCAAUCUAUUAUAUAAUUAAAAUUUAUUGUUUCCGAGCGAGUACUUGCUUCGUUUACAGUGCAAAUAAUUUCUACAGGGGCUGCCGUAGGUAAUAUUGCUUGUAUUAUGACACGGUAUUGUUCCAUGUCUGUUGCUAGUGCUGCAAGUUGGGAUAGAAUAUUUCAAUUAGAUGAAUUUAGUAAACAUGAAAUAUUGUUUUGGAAAGAGAAUAUUGUAAAACUUAAUGGCCGGAAUUGUUUUCUCCACCGUGAACCGAAUUGUUUUGUUGUUUAUUCUGUUGCGAGUGAAACAUGCUGUGGCUCGGUCAUCACUCUAAAUUAAAGCCAGGUUUUUCAUAAAAUGUGGGAUGUAAAUGAACGUUGCAAAAUACUUGCGAUAGAUGAACCAGGCGGAAAUCGUAAUCUUAGGAUAAAUAUUAAUGCCCAGCAUAAAACACGUAAAAGAGCCAUAUAAAAUAUUUUAAAUUAUAUUUUUGUUAUGGCUCUUUUACGUGUUUUAUGCUGGGCAUUAAUAUUUAUCCUAAGAUAACGUUGCAAAAGUUCCACUUGGAGAGAGUUAGCAGCAAUUGAGUUUGCAAUAUGAUCAUUUGCCGAUAUACUUCCGCGCACCCAUGUUAAGUGGUAUACAGAUAUUCGAGCCGUUCCAACAAUAGUAGACGUAGGUAGUAUGAAAUUGGAAUUACAAUUGCUAUCAGUAUUUUUGAGCUCUGUAUUGAUCAAACUAUCAGCAUUGAUAUUCAAUGGGUACCGCGUGAUGCAAAUGUGCGAGCUGAUUUUAUAAGUCGUUUAAUUGAUCCAGAUGAUUGACAAAUUACAGACGCUUUGUUAAAACAGUUAGAAGUUGAUCGCUUUGCGAAUUAUUAUAAUUGCAAGUUAACACGGUAUUUUUCGCGAUUUUGGGACCCGGGUACAUCCGGUGUGGAAUUUUUCGUUCAAAAAUUACAGAAUGAGAAUUGUUUGGCUGUUCCACCAGUUUCUAUUGUAUCCAUCCAGAGCAUUGCAUUAUUUUAAGAGGCAGUCCGUGUAAAAACCGACCACUCGAAUUUCGUAAGAUUACAGAAUUCCUUCAUACUUUCUGUGUGGAAGAAGUCAUUCAUAAAAUGAACAAAAAUCGCUGACUUUGAAAUUGUAGUCAGUUUUAAAAAAUUUUUCGCAAUUAUUUUCGGACGCGUUCGAAAACAUGUUAAAAAGGUUAAUUACGCAAGUGAUAUUUGAGCUUUUUUAUAUCUCACUUUCAUCUCGCGCUUUUAUUCUAACUUCUUGAAACUUGUAUAUUUUAUUAUUUCCUACCUAGGCAUUAACCUACACUAAAGCAAACACAAAAUAUUGUGAAUUUUUAAAAAGGUCUUGCAACGGUAUCAGGUAUCCAAUCUAUUGCAGCUACUAUUAGUAAAUUGCAAUAUAUGAAUAAUUUAGACAUUGUCGUCGAUUCACAAAUCACAGAUUUUCACGUCUAGAUUUUGAUACAACGGCUGCAUUCCAAGCCGCAACAAGUACAUGCAACUUCAAACUGGGUUCAGCAGAACUCUUCCCAAACAUAAACUUCUAAGACUGUAAUAAAUUCAAAUACGAUUGAUCAUAUACCACGAAUUAUCUUUACUACCAUUUGUUUCAAGGAGUUUGUUUAAUUCGGCCGUGGUCGUCGCGGUGGCGUCCUAAAAUCGUACGGUCUCUAAUAACCCCUCUGGACGGACGUUUCCCCGAAACUUUACAUGAAGUACGCGUUUAGAGGAGACCCAGACAGUUUUAGCAAUUAGUUUCCAGACCUUCGUUGAUCAAGCGAGAAGUCAUCUUGCUGUACUAAAACGAUAUAGUAAAGGAGAAUCUCCGUUUGUGUCGUCUCUUAUUUAUGAACUGACUGAUAAGUUACCACAGGAGGAUGCAAAGGCCUGGCGGACAAAAGUUGGUGAAGGUCAAGUGAAGAUGACGCUAGAAGCAUUCAGCACAUGGUUGGGAGCCAGAGGAAAGUGUUACUGGAGUGAAUUGCCCCCACAAAAUACUCGAAGAAAAGAAAAUCGUAACAACCGAAAUCGUCCCAGAAGAUCUUUAUUUGGCCAAAUGCGUGAAAUGUGAUAGCAAGCAUAGGACGGAGAAUUGUACAAAGUUCAAAGAGUUGUCAACGGAAGACCGUUUCAACUUUGUAAAAAAGAAACGGUUCUGUUUCGGUUGCUUAGAAGAAUCUCAUAUUUCUCGAAAUUGUCCACAGACAAAGGAAUGCGGCAUCGGGAACUGCAAAAAGAAACAUCACCCGUUAUUACACCAAAAAGAGAAUGUGCGUUCAACCACCACCAAGACACCACAAUCUGGUGUAGCGUUUGGAAUUGUUGAAGUUGCCGUCGUAGGUGCUGGUGGAGUUCAGGUGAAAGGAAACCUUUUGUUUGAUGAUGGUUCUGACACUACGCAGGUAACAGAAUCUUUUGUUAGAAAGGUGCGAUUGCGGGGAAAGAAGACCACGCUGAACAUUUCGGGUGUUGGAGGAAAAGAAAACCUCCAUGUUAAAACACCAGAAGACAAUGCUGAAUACGUUAACCUCACAGCCUGGAGCCUUCCAAAGAUCUGUCAGCCAGUUGGAACAGUUCAAUGGCCUGAUAUCAAAAGAAAGUGGAAACACCUGGAAAAUGUUAACCUGAAAGCUGUUGGUGAUGAAAUUGAUAUCCUUAUCGGUCUUGAUCAUGCAGAUUUGUUGAUACCAUUGGAUGUAAAGAUGGGCAAACCGCAAGAACCCGUAGUCAAAAGAUGGAUGGCGGUUGGGCUGGUUGGCAAGCCUCGUGGUGACAUCCACAGCUAUCACGUUGCUAGAGCUGAGCCAGAACAACUCGAUGUUGCCUUUAAGCAGUGUUGGGAUAGCGAGUCGUUUGGGACUAAGACAACGAACUUGCCACACAAUUCCAAUGAUGAUCAACGAGCCUUGGAUAUACUGGAACACGAGACCAGGAAGUUGGAGACCGAUUACGAGGUCUCCUUGUUAUGGAAAGAAAACGAACCACAGCUUCAGAACAAUCGGAAAGUCGCGCAAAAGAGAUUGGAAGGCUUGCAACGUCAAUUUGAGCGAGACCCAGAGUGUGAGAAAGAUUAUCGCAAAGCUGUCAGCAAGUAUGUAGAAGACGGAUAUGCGCACAAAGUGGGUGAAGAAGACGACCUCAUAGGACCAAAUCAAUGA